AUGUACACAAUUAAACUCUUUCUUUUUAUUGCUCCUCUAGUUUUUUCUUCUAAAAUUGAUCAAGAUUAUUUAACAUUUGAUUCUAUAUCUCCAGAGCCAAAAUCAAGAUUUGCUAUGUUAGAUGAUGUAAAAAUUUUAGCCAAUGGCCUCCUUCAGCUGGGACAUGGUCUCAAAGAUUUUGUCCAUAAAACUAAGGGCCAAAUUAAUGACAUAUUUCAAAAACUCAACAUAUUUGAUCAGUCUUUUUAUGACUUAUCACUGCAAACCAAUGAAAUCAAAGAAGAAGAAAAGGAACUUAGAAGAACUACAUCCAAACUGCAGGUCAAAAAUGAAGAAGUGAAGAAUAUGUCACUUGAACUCAACUCAAAACUUGAAAGACUUCUAGAAGAAAAAAUUCUACUUCAACAAAAAGUGAGAUAUUUGGAGGAACAAUUAACUAACUUAAUUAAAAGUCAACCUGAAAUUCAGGAACACCCAGAAGUAACUUCACUUAAAACUUUUGUACAACAGCAAGAUAAUAGUAUCAAAGACCUUCUGCAGACUGUGGAAGAACAAUACAGACAAUUAAACCAACAACACAGCCAAAUAAAAGAAAUAGAAAAUCAGUUAAGAAAAACUGGUAUUCAAGAAUCCACAGAAAACUCUCUUUCUUCUAAACCAAGAUCACCAAGAACUACUCCUGCUCUUCACAUGAAUGAAACAAAUAAUGUAGAACAUGAUGACAUUCCUGUUGAUUGUACCACCAUUUAUAACAGAGGUGAACAUACAAGUGGCAUCUACUCUAUUAGACCCACCAACCAUCAAGUUUUUAAUGUCUACUGUGAUGUUAAAUCAGGCAGCUCAUGGACAUUAAUUCAACACCGAACAGAUGGAUCCCAAAACUUCAAUGAAACCUGGGAAAACUACAAAUAUGGUUUUGGGAAGCUUGAUGGAGAAUUUUGGUUGGGCCUGGAGAAGAUAUACUCCAUUGUGAAGCAAUCUAAUUACAUUUUACGAGUUGAGCUAGAAGACUGGAAAGACAACACAUAUUAUAUUGAAUAUUCUUUUCACUUGGGAAAUCAAGAAACCAAUUAUAGACUACACCUUGUUGAGAUUACUGGAAAUAUCCCCAAUGUGCUUCCACAGCACAAAGACUUGGAAUUUUCUACUUGGGAUCACAAAGCGAAAGGACACAUGAACUGUACAGAAAGUUAUUCAGGAGGCUGGUGGUGGCAUGAUGUAUGUGGCGAAAACAACCUAAAUGGUAAAUAUAACAAAAUGAGAGCAAAAUCUAAACCAGAGAAGAGAAGAGGAAUAUGGUGGAAGUCUCAAAAUGGAAAGAUAUACUCUAUCAAAUCAACCAAAUUGUUGAUACAUCCAACAGAUUCAGAAAGCUUUAAGUGAACUGAGGCAAAUUAAAAGGCCAAUAAAUUAAACAUUAAACUCAUCCC